UAACUGGAAUGUUUGCGACUUAGAGGCAGAGGAGUUUUGAGUGAUGUUUACGUGGCAUCCACUUGGAUGGAUGGGGACUUACAAGUUGAACAUAUACCAGGCAACACGAAUAUUUUAAUAGUGUAACCUGUUGAGAUGAAGGGAACACUGAAGAGGACAGAUAUUGAAACAGAGUAUAACCUGUUGAGAUGAAGGGAACACUGAAGAGGACAGAUAUUGAAACAGAUUAUAACCAGGUUGAAAAUGUUGAGGCUUCCUUGAAGAUUGAGCCAGAUGACAGCACCUAUAGGCAGAUGUCUGCAGCUGAUAUUGAACCAGGGGAGGGAACUCUCAGUAAAUCUAUUUUAGCUGAGUCUUCCUUAAUGAUGCAUCUGGAUGAGAACCUGCCCGUAGCUGAUAUAGAACCAGGGGAGGGAACUCUCUGUGAAUCUACAUGUUUAACAGCUGGGUCUUCAGUAAAGAUGCAGUUGGAUGAGAGCUUAUACAGAGAGAUAUCUAUAGCUGAUAAAGGACAAGGGGAGGAAACUCUUGGUGAAAUUCAUUUAGCAGAGUCGACUUGUAUAAAACUUGAGCCUGAUGAUGACGCAUAUCAACAGACUUCUGCAGCGGAUAUAGAACUAGGGGAGGGAACUCUUGGUGAAAUGUAUUUAGCAGAGUCGACUUCUAUAAAACAACAGACUUCUGCAGCGGAUAUAGAACUAGGGGAGGGAACUCUUGGUGAAUCAGUUGUAGCUGGAUUUUUUGUAAAACUUGAGCCUGAUGACCAGACUCAUUGGAAGACUUCGGUUGUCAAGCCACCCGUUCGCAAAUCUCAGUUUGGUGUCUGUUGAUCCUGCCGUCCCAGCAGAGAAGCCCAACAGAUGUGACAUAUCUGGAGACAUUCAACUACUGCAACACAGAGAAGAAUACCACAAUGACCUCCCUAGUACAGGGACACACACAUGUGGUGUAUGUGGUAAAUGCUUUGAUAGGGACGAUCUAUUUCAGGAGCACAGAGAGAUACAUGCUGAUUCAGAAUGUGACUUCUGUGGCGAGACAUUCGGUGAAAAGACAGAUUUAGAUAAACACAGUAGUAUACAUGGACAUGACAAGGUACAGAAUCUUACAGAAUUGUAUCCAAAUUCUGGUAACAAUACACAAGAAAUCAGGAGGAAAUCGAAGAAAUCUUCACAUAGCAAAAAGAAAUCUUCUCACAGAGAAAAGAAAUCUUCCCAUAGCGAAAAGAUAUUGUCACAUAAAAAAAAGAAAUCUUCCCAUAGCGAAAAGAUAUUGUCACAUAAGAAAAAGAAAUCUUCACAUAGCGAAAAGAAAAUUUCACAUAACAGAAAGAAUUCCUCACAUAGUAGAAAGAAUUCUUCAGAUAGCAGAAUAUCUUCACAUAGCGAAGAAAAAUCUUCACAUAGCGGAGAAAAAUCUUCACAUAGCGAAGAAAAAUCGUCCCAUACCGAAAAGCAAUCUUCACAUAACAAAAAGAAGGACUUAACAUGCGACAUAUGCUUUAAAGCUUUCC